AGUCCAAGAGCCCAACUAAGACAGGCUCAAAUGUUCCGAGGAGGAAGCCCAGAUUCGACGAGUCCAAAAACAUAGACGCCCGUCCGACAAUCACACCAUUUCUUCUUGCAUCAGAGGAUUCAGAGCUACCAGAGUGAAGAAAGUCCGAAGCUUUGUGUCUGUUCCUCCCUCUUUCCCUCCGACCUAGCGAGAGCCGAGCGACUUGAACUCCCACCAAUCAUGUUGCGCCGCGCCACCGGGUUGUUUGGCCGAUCCAUUCUAGCUGCGAAAUCGCGAUCCUUCUCCACCGAUCUGCCGGCGGCUCAGACAGCCGACGCCUCAUUUGUUGAAUCAUGGAAGAAAGUGGCUCCAAACUCGGAACCGCCUAAGACUCCUCUCGUCUUCAUGCAGCCUCGUCCUCCCACCCCCUCCUCGAUUCCGACCAAGCUCACGGUCAAUUUCGUGCUUCCCUACGCCUCUGAGUUGUCCGGUAAAGAGGUUGACAUGGUUAUAAUACCAGCCACAACUGGGCAAAUGGGUGUUCUUCCAGGACAUGUAGCAACAAUUGCUGAGUUGAAACCUGGGGUAUUUUCAGUCCACGAAGGAGAUAAAGUGACAAAGUAUUUCAUCAGCAGUGGUUUUGCUUUCAUCCAUGCCAACUCUUUUGCAGAUAUAAUAGCUGUUGAGGCUGUGCCGCUUGAUCAAAUUGAUGCAGCCCUCGUACAGAAGGGGCUUGCAGACUUCACGCAGAAGUUGAGCUCAGCCACAACAGAACUGGAGAAAGCCGAAGCUCAAAUUGGAAUUGAUGUGCACAGUGCUCUCAACUCAGCUAUCACAGGCUAGUGUUAUGAGUCAUCAUGCACUUUGGUUUAGUCAUUUUUCAUUUAAAGUCUCUAAGGCUUCCUCAUUGAUGCUUUUAGAUUUGUCCAUGGGAUCCAGUCACCAUUCUGAACAUUUUGUUCUUGUAUUUCAGUGUUGAACCAGUAUAAAUAAUCCUUAAAUGGAUUUUACCUUGCUUGCAGAAAAUUGAAGGAACGUUUAAGAAACAAAUAAUCAUGCUUCCUCCUUCCUUCCCUUACCUUCUCUGUAAUUGAAUGGUAUUGUUAUAUCUAGAAUACACAUACACAUUCAAGAAGGUUAUUUUGCUAGUUGAAGAAUUCUGGGGUGGAAUGACCGUUAAAGGAAUCCAGCCCUUGCACCUUGGC